GUUUGGGCGCUCCACUCUUUUCUUUUGUUGUUGAACGCAGCCCAUACAGUCCGGCCCCUUCCCCUUCCCCCUCGCUCCUUCUUUUCCUUUUUUUUUUCUCCACCCAUCCUCCCAUCUCUCACUCACUCAUCCAUCCAGGGUGACGCCAGUCCCUCUCACCCCGCCCCGUUCAACUCAGUCCACUGCGUUCAUUUCAUUCCUGCUCCCAUUCCGCGCAUAUUUCGCAUCCUUGGAGAGACGCUGCGCAUUUUACGCACUCAGCGCGCCCGAUCCUUCAUCAAACCAAAACCGUGAGGAGACUCUGGAGUCGGCGGAGUGCUUCCCGAUGCUGUGGCGACUCCGAUCCGUGGAAAAGUGUGGGAAUUAAUCCAUAAAGAGGCGUAUGAAUCGAGGGUUCCUGCUGUCUGACGCUGGAUUUGGAGCAGCCUGCCGAGUUGUCUGUUGUCUAUUAUUGGUGGUUAGAUUUUGGGAUUACCAUUGUUGAAGCAGCAGCUAGCAUUAGCAUUCAGUUUCUAGUUUCCUCAGCUGGCUGUCCCCGCUGGGAGUUAAUUAUUGCCAUUAGUAUUAGUCAGCUAGAGUUUCACUUUAGCUUUUCAUCACGUUACUUACUUAGUGUCAAACCAUUAGCGUUAGUGUUGGGUAUACGUCGGCUGGUUAGCUGCCAGUAUGGAACGCAGUAGCUGGAGCGGCAGUGAGAGUCCAGGGGACGAUAUGGAAAGACUGAGUGACUCAGGAGGGGACAAGACCAUGGAUGGGGACCCCGAGGGGGUCUGGAGCCCCGACAUUGAGCAGAGCUUCCAAGAGGCCCUGGCCAUCUACCCGCCUUGUGGAAGGAGGAAGAUUAUCCUGUCAGAUGAAGGAAAGAUGUACGGUCGAAAUGAGCUGAUAGCCAGAUACAUCAAGCUCCGAACAGGCAAGACGCGGACAAGGAAACAGGUAUCCAGUCAUAUCCAGGUUUUAGCCAGGAGAAAAUCCAGGGAGUUUCAGUCCAAACUAAAAGACCAGAAUGCCAAGGAGAAGGCUCUGCAGAGCAUCUCCACCAUGUCCUCGGCUCAGAUUGUCUCAGCUACCGCCAUACACAGCAAGCUCCUGCCUGGAAUAGUACGGGCCAGCUUCCCCAGCACCGCACAGCUGUGGCAGGGGAUGAUUCCUGGAGGACAGUCUAGCUCCACCACAGAAGAUAUCAAGCCGUUCUCUCAGCAAGCCUACUCUGUGCAGACAGCAGGGACCACCACAAUCUCAGGCUACGAGCCUCCCACUGCAGCCCAAACACACAGAGAGCCAGCGUGGCAGGGUCGCUCCAUUGGCACCACCAAACUACGACUGGUAGAGUUUUCAUCUUUCCUGGAGACACAGAGAGACCAGGAGGCAUACAACAAGCACCUGUUUGUGAACAUCAGCCAGAGCAGCCCGAGCUACAGCGACCCCCUGCUGGAGUGUGUGGACAUCAGGCAGAUCUACGACAAGUUCCCAGAGAAGAAGGGCGGCCUCAAGGAGCUGUUCGGCAAGGGCCCACAAAACGCUUUCUACCUGAUCAAGUUCUGGGCGGACCUGAGUUAUAAUGUGCAGGACGACCCAGCGGCUUUCUACGGUGUCACCAGCCAAUAUGAGAGCUCAGAGAACAUGACCAUCACCUGCUCCACUAAGGUCUGCUCCUUUGGCAAGCAGGUGGUCGAGAAGGUGGAGACGGAGUACGCAAGGUUUGAAAAUGGGCGCUUCGUCUACAGAAUCAGUCGCUCUCCGAUGUGUGAAUACAUGAUCAACUUCAUCCACAAGCUCAAACACCUGCCGGAGAAAUACAUGAUGAACAGUGUGCUGGAGAACUUCACUAUUCUGCUGGUUGUGAGCAACAGAGACACUCAGGAGACCUUGCUGUGUAUGGCGUGUGUGUUUGAGGUGUCCAACAGUGAGCACGGAGCUCAGCACCACAUCUACCGACUUGUCAAGGAAUAGCACACACACUUCUACAAACACACACACACAUGCACACAUAUGGCCUUUUGCUUGGUGAUUAAUGGUGACAUUGGAGGUAAAAUGUCUAAAAACUGAAUUCUACAAAAGUGUCUUUCAGCCAAACAACUCGACUCACUGCGGAAGAAAAUGGCUGCAUUUUCACUGCUGCUCACAAAACACCACGACAAUGAUUGGGUGAUUUUUAUUUAACGUCAGAUAUGAUGCAGAACCCUCCUCAACAGGAGCAUUUCCAAAUAUUAAAUCCAACCUGAAUAUCAGAUGUUCAUUAGCUGUAAAAAGCAAAGUGGCAGUGCAGCCAUAGAAACGCAUCAGAAUCGACCUGGGUGGUUUUUCCCGAGAACAUGGUGACUCUGAUAUCACCUGGAGAUGUCAUGUCUCCUGCUAACUGGUUUCUCCCCCCCUUUCUUACAGUAAAUUUGUAUUUUGCAGUUCUGUUGAUGGAAAUGAAAGUGAUACUUCUGUCAUGUGCUUUUGGGAAAGUCAACCCAGGGUCGAAAAAAGAAAAUCACAAUUUUCGCCCCCCGGUGACAAAAGUGUGUGUGUUAUCUGCCAAGAUACUGACGGACACUGAAGGUCAGACCCUGUGUAUCAUCAAUAACCAGAGAAGGAAAUAACACUACUGCGUUAUCGUAUAGUACAGUAUACAGGUGGUUUUGUACAGAUAGCCACUGCAAAUUGUGUGAGCUGCAUUCUUGCACAAAAAAAGAGGUUUGUUCCCAAAGAAAAGAAAUCAAAUUUUUACCUUUUUGUAUGUUUUCUUUAAAAAAAAAAAUUAAUAGCUUCUAAACUUUGGGAAAUUGUUUAUUGAUAGUAGCAUAUAGACUAUAUUUUAAUUCCAGGAACACUAUCUAAAAAUGUAUGUUAAUAAGAGAGUAUAAGUGAAAUUGAGCAAUUCAGGUACCUUUUUGUGCAACAAGUGACUCUUCAUUAAGAUUGAAUAAAUAAAUGAAUAAGCAUGUUGAAGCUAUGAUCCUUAAGAUUUCAGUCCUGGCUGUUUUGGCUCUGGUCUAUGGAGCAGCUCCAGACGCUAUACUUGAUGACAUCACAAGUUUGAGUUUUAGCACCCUAGUCGUUCUAGGGUGCUAGUCCUAGUUUCUGGAUUUGGGAGAGAUUUUUUUUUAUGUGAACUAAUAUUUUUUGACAGUCUUAAAUCAUGGGAAAUAACAAUUAUGAAUUCUGAGAUUGGCCAUAAUUCCCCUUUAAUACAGCUCUGAUACGACAUUAGAGGAGAUAAUACAGGGUAGUGAGGCUGAUGUCAAUGAGAGAAAAUUACAAACAGUAAAGCUGAAUUACACCUGUCCUGUAAGGCAAUUUGAAUCCAGUAUGGGUAUGGCGGACCCCGCCACCAACAACAAAAGCCUUCCACAUUGAGAGGUAAUUAAAGAAUAUAUGGAGUGGCUAUUGCUGAAAAAACAGGGUUUGAUUUUUUGGAAAAUCUUAAGGAUUAUAGCUUUAAAUAUCAAACAUAUUUAGGUCAGUCCUUUAGGAAGCACUGUGAAUCCUAAAAACUAUACAGUGUCAUUCAUGGUGUGCAUACAAGGAAGGAAACAUUUCAAAGAAUUAAAACAAACCUAUGUUUUUCUGAUCAGGUUUCACUUUGCAAAUUAAACUUAGCUUAGUUCGAUAUUCCUGCACCAGCUAACUUGAGCUUUAACAUUUCCAUAUUGACCAAUGUGUUGAAGCCUGAAAUGUUAUUAUGUCCAUAUUUUAACUGAAGAUUGCCCUGACCAGAAGCCAUGGCACCUGUGUUAUUAUUUUGAGAAAAGUGUUUGAAGACUCAGUUUCUUUUAAUCAGUCCAGGACUUGUUUCUUCCAGUUAGAUGAUAUUAUGUCAGAAUUAAAGUCAUUUAUUAAUUAAAAACCAAAAAACUGUUGAUGAAGUGUACUGUAGCAGGUGAUGGUUGCUGGUUCGUCUGUGUCAUGCUCGGCAGCAUGAAGUGCCUUUGGUUGUGAUCAGCAGUAGACAUUUCUAAUCUGUUUGACGAAAGUCCUGAUAAUUUGGUGUUGUAAAUGGUGUAUAGAAAGGUAUUUUAGUGAAUAUAAAUGCAUAAUUAGGCAUCAUGUGCUCCAGUUUAAGUGUCUGAGGGCUAAUUAUCCAAAUUCCAUAUUUAAUGGCUGUUUCUUGUUGUAAUUUGUAAACAGUUGGCCGUGAACCAUCCUUAGCUGUUCUUAUUUCCCACAGGAUGUUAAUGAAACACAUUCUUGUUCACUUCAUUUUAUGGCAGCGUUUACAUGUAUUUGUGAAUUACAUGCACACUAGGUAUUGUUUGGUAACUCAUUUAUAAAAUACAACUCAGACUUGUUACUACUACGGAAGACCAGUUUGCAAAUCUUCACAUCCCCACUGUAAAUCAAUUGAAACAGAUCAGGAACCUCAUGACAGAAACUUCUGUAGUCUGAAAUCCUAUCUUAUCUCAGUUUAGAUUGACAUUUAGGAUUUUUGGAACACAUGCCGUGUCUUUAACUGCCUGGAAAUGGCGAGGAUUGGCGCUGGGCGCUACUCUUGUGCCUACUCUGUGCCAGCU